AUGCUUCGGAGGCCGUUUUGCUGCAUCUGUGAGUUCAUUGUGGCACUUGCUUGGAGAGAUGCGGCACCAGACUUCCUCUCGCUUGAUCGGCCCAGUCCCAGCCUCACGCCGGACUCGCUGAUAGCCAAAGCAGAGGCAAGCUCCGGAGCCGCGAACCAGAGUGCGAAUGAGAGCCACGUCACGCCCGAGGCGUUGCUAAGCGUGCUUCGGGAGGAGCACAAGAAGAACAGAAGAUUACGGAAAAGGCUGUAUAGAAUGAUGCAUCGCGAAAGCGAGAAUUUCUCCGAAACUGUCACCGCAGCUCGAUCGAUGCAGCGAGACCUCUCCAGCUACCUCCACAACCUGACCCACCAGGCUUGGAGGAAGAGGGCGAAGACACACAGAUCAACGUCAAACUUGGAGCGGCGCUCCUUCGACAGGUCUGCAGAGCAGACGCCCGAGGAGGAUUCGCUUAUGUUUCCAGACUAUGAAACAGAGCUGGAGACAAACAUGGAGCUGCGAAAUCGACUUGCGCAGCUGGAGAGCUACUUCAAUGUCCAGGCAGACCAGUGGCAACAUGCACUCUCUGUCACCUCUGAACACGCAACUAAGCAAUCCCAGUCUCGAGAAACCACAGUGCCAGGGCCAGAGAAAUCCCCGAGCCAGGAUGCAGGAGGUGCUGAGACCACCCCGCAGCAGUCGGUUGCCGGCACCACCACGACCACUGUAUCAUCUGGCGAAGCGCAGCCGUCACAGUCAGGAAGCCAGGACGCAGGAGGUGCUGAGACCACCCCGCAGCAGUCGCUUGCCGGCACCACCACGACCACUGUAUCAUCAGGAAGCCAUGGUGCUGCGUCUACCGACACGGAGCACCAGCAGCCCGGCAAGAAUCCAGGUGGAGCCAAAUGGAGUGAUGCCACAUCUACCAACACAACCAAGACAAAACAGCAGCAGCCCAGCGAAAAGCCUGAGCAGUCAGUUCCAGCAGAAACUCAAGAGAGUCGUGCCGUGACUACGACGGAGCACCUUUUGUCGACAGAGCCAGAGUUGAUUGUUGACAUUGGACCUGGUGGUUCUGGUUCUACCGCCACCACAAGUGGGGCUCCGGCAGCUGCGAACACGACCACCAGAACUUCACAGCGGACUGUGUCCACACACUCGCGUCCUCAGCGGAAAACCAGCACGGCGAAGCCGACAACGAGCACGGAGGAGCCUGCAAGAGCACGGGCUGUUGGGAAGACGGCACAGGGACCGGAGGCAGCAGAGGCAGCGGCGACCGAAGCAGCAGAAGCUGCCUCCUGGUUCCGGGGUGGCAGACGAGAGCCUGAGCCAAAUGCAACCAGGGCCAGCAGCGAGCAUGCGGAUGCAGAUCAGAAGAGCCGAUGGAACAAAGAACGACUGGAUGUGGCGGAAGGGAACGAAAUCAAGUUCGGUUUCUCGCGCAGUGACCAGUGA